GGUUUGCCUUUCAUCCUCUGUUUUCGUCCUUGCUGCUCGGCUUCGUUGCUUUGCAGGAGGUGUAUAGAUUGCACGCGUCGCUUCUUCGGCUCCUUCCUUGCUAUUCGACUUCGCUCCUUCUACGACUUUCCCUCCUGUCCGAUCGGAAGUUACGACAUUUUGAUCGGAAGCAAGAACAGGAGCUCGCUAGCUGUGAAGGAUUUAGUUCAAAUAUUGCCUAAAUCUGGCCUAAAUCCCGCAUCCAAACAGACCCUAAGUCCGUCAUCCAUUGCUUCGUUCUUCCGAAAUCCGCACCUUGAUCGGUUUAUUCUAAUGGCGGACGACAGCAGCUCAUCGGCCCCUACGAAGACCGAGAAGAAGUCCUGGGCUGACGAGGAAUCCGACGAAGAAGUCACAUCACCUGCCGAUCCGCCCCUAGGCGGCAGUAAAGAUGUGGAGCAGUUGGAGCUCAACAAGAUCGCCCUAGGCGGCAGUAAAGAUGUGGAGCAGUCGGAGCUCAACAAGAUCGCCCUAGGCAGUAGUAAAGAUGUGGAGCAGUCGGAGCUCAACAAGAUCGAGUCCCUCUCCAUAUCCGAGGAUAAGGGCAAAGAAAAGGAUGAGGAUAGGGAUGGCGGGGAUGGGCUGCUUGACAACCCGGAGGAUUCAAACAUCAAAGCUGUUACGACUGGGGAUUCAGUUUAUUCAUCGGCCACGCGUUUUGAAGAUCUGAAUCUGUCAAAGGACUUGCUUAAGGGAAUAUAUACGGAGAUGAGAUUUCACAGGCCUAGCAAGAUUCAGGCCAUAAGCCUUCCAAUGAUCCUCACCCCACCGUAUAAGGAUUUAGUUGCUCAGGCUCAUAAUGGUUCAGGAAAGACUACAUGUUUUGUGCUUGGUAUGUUGAGUCGGGUUGAUCCCAACAAAAAAUUGCCUCAGGCUAUGUGUAUUUGUCCUACGAGGGAACUAGCCCAGCAGAAUCAAGCUGUUCUUUUAAAGAUGGGAAGGUUCACAGGCAUAACAUCUUUUCUGGCUAUCCCUGCUGAUUCUGCUAAUUAUGUCCCAAUCUCUAAAUUGCCACCUGUGACUGAUCAAGUGGUGAUUGGCACUCCGGGUACCAUCAAGAAGUGGACAUCGGCUAAAAAGCUGAGCACUAGAGAAAUUAAGAUUCUUGUUUUUGAUGAGGCAGAUCACAUGCUAGCUGAGGAUGGUUUCAGGGAUGAUUCUUUGAGGAUUAUGAAAGAGAUACAAAGUAGCAGCACAGCAGGCUGUCAGGUACUUCUGUUUUCUGCCACAUUUAAUGAUGCAGUCAAGGAAUUUGCAUUAAGGGUUGUUAAGAAUGGAAAUCAGUUGUUUGUGAAGAAAGAAGAGCUCACACUUGAUAAAGUGAAGCAAUAUAAAGUUUACUGUCCUGAUGAACUUGCCAAAAUUGAUGUCAUAAAAGAUAAGAUAUUUGAGUUUGGGCAAAAGGUGGGGCAAACUAUAAUAUUUGCGCAUACAAGGAAUAGUGCCAGAAUGUUACAUCAGACAUUAUCCAAAGAUGGGUACGAGUGUACAGCAGUUCAGGGCGCCUUGAGUCAAGAACUUAGGGACAAGAUUGUCAAGGAAUUCAAAGAUGGAUUGACAAAAGUCCUCAUAACAACAGAUCUCCUUGCUCGAGGCUUUGAUCAAGCACAGGUUAAUUUGGUUAUCAACUUUGAUCUUCCUGUUAAGCAUGAUUUCCCGUCAGAGCCUGAUUAUGAAGUUUAUUUGCAUAGAAUUGGUAGAGCUGGACGUUUUGGACGCAAAGGUGCUGCAUUCAACUUGAUGUGCAGUGAAAGGGACCGGAUGCUCAUGGAGAAAAUUGAGCGCCAUUUUAACCACACUAUACCAGAGGUAGAUAACUGGCGAAGCGAGGAAGAUUUUGAAAAAGCUCUCAAAGACGCUGGUUUGCUAUAGAACUUUUUGUAAAAAAAAAGUCUACGUUGCUACAACUGGAAUGCUUUUCUACUUACUAUAUCAUCUUUGUGGAUAGUUUGCAUCAAUUUUGACCUUAAGAUUAAGAGGGAAUAAGGGGGGAAACAGACUUAUUUAUGUAAAAUUUAGGUUAUCCAAUAUGUGUUACAUCAACUAUUAUUCCUUUUGUCGCCAAGGGGUCUAUUUCCUUGGGCUUUAGACUCGCUGUUCUUUUCCUUAGUUCUUUGAGGUUUCAUGGCCUGAAUCACGUUGUACAUUGAAAGAAGUGGUAUUCACUCAUUAUCAGAAGUGAGCUUUGUUGAAUUUGAA